GCCUUCUUCCCCAACAAGAAACCAGACCUUUUGGUCUCUGCUUUCCAUCGGAGUAAAACGCUCGCUCUUCAGCUCUCUCUAUCUCACACUCGCACAUAUAUCAUUCAAAACGAUUCUAGGGUUUUUAUCGAAUUGCACCGGAAAUGUUUCUCACAAGGACCGAGUAUGACAGAGGAGUGAACACCUUCUCUCCAGAAGGGCGGUUGUUUCAGGUUGAGUAUGCUAUUGAGGCCAUCAAGCUGGGUUCAACUGCAAUUGGGUUGAAGACGAAAGAAGGAGUUGUGCUUGCAGUUGAGAAACGUAUCACUUCUCCACUACUGGAACCCAGCAGUGUGGAGAAAAUUAUGGAAAUUGAUGACCAUAUUGGAUGUGCCAUGAGCGGAUUGAUUGCUGAUGCUCGAACACUUGUUGAGCAUGCACGGGUGGAAACUCAGAACCAUAGGUUCUCCUAUGGUGAGCCAAUGACUGUGGAGUCUACGACUCAAGCUCUUUGUGAUCUGGCCCUACGAUUUGGCGAAGGUGAUGAAGAAUCCAUGUCUCGACCCUUUGGAGUUUCUCUUCUCAUUGCUGGCCAUGAUGAGAACGGGCCCAGCCUAUACUAUACUGAUCCAUCUGGCACUUUUUGGCAAUGCAAUGCAAAAGCUAUUGGUUCGGGUUCAGAGGGUGCAGACAGCUCUCUGCAAGAGCAGUACAACAAGGACAUCACUCUUAAAGAAGCUGAAACCAUUGCUCUUUCCAUUUUGAGGCAGGUUAUGGAAGAAAAGGUGACUCCAAGUAAUGUUGACAUUGCAAAGGUGGCUCCAACAUACCAUCUAUACACCCCUUCCGAGGUGGAGGCUGUCAUUAAUCGCCUAUGAUGAGUACACGCCCUUAGCUCCAACUUUCUGUUGAAAUAUUUGUGUUAAAUUAUUUUGGUGGAGGAAAAAGGAUUGUAUUUGUUUCUGCUUGGGAUAUUCUUCUAUUCAGUAAAACCUUGCUGUAAUGUGGUUGAAAAAUUAAGACAGAAUGGAAGCUUUUCAUGGGAACAAAGAAUAGAAAAACUUUUGAAUUUAAA